AUGGAGGAUAUUUUGGAAGCUAUCAAUGAUAUUCAUAGUAGGAUUGAACGGGAAAAGGUUUUAAUUCAGGGUGCACAGGCGAUGCGCGGUCAAACAGUCAAUGAAAAUGUACAGCAAAGUCUUGAAAAUAAUAUCCGAGAAUCUCAGAGAAAUAUAACAUAUUUGGAGGAAAGGAUGCGUGAACUUCAAUUAAGAAGAGAAGAAUAUUUAGAUGGUGAAUAUAAUGAACGAGAUGAUGAUAACCCUCCUACUCCACCUCCAAAAAAUAUACCUUUCUUAGAAAAUUCUAAAAUGAUGAAUAAUUUUUUUUUGAGUAAUACUGAGAAUAAUGAAAAGUCAGAAGUUACCUUAAAAUUUGCGAUGCCGUUAAAAUUAAAACCACAAUAUACAAAACUAGAUUUAUAUAAAUAUUAUACACCGUACACGAGUUGGAAAAUUCAAACAAUGAUGCAGCAAUUGGAAUCCAAAUUGAUGGUUGAGAAACAAGUAAAAAAUGGAUUUGAUAAAUUAAUUAAAUUAUAUGAAAAUGAAAACGAUAAAAAAAACAAAAAUGAGGCAGAAGUGAGAAAAGUUGAGAGUGAACAGAAAAUACAACUUUUAAAGCGUGCUUUAAAACGUUACAAAAAUCUUAAUGUCGAUAUUGAUAAAGAAAUUCAAGAAAAUAAUGAAAGUAGGAAUGUUUCCAGUAUGAGGGGAUCUCUUUCUGGUGUUCUUAAAGGAAAGAUUUAUGCGAUUCAAGAUAUUGAGCAUGUUUCUCGAACAUUUCGAACUCCCGAAAUCUAUGUAGUAAUUAAAGUUGAUAAAACAGAGUUUUCAACACGAGUAUCCAAAACAGAUCGUUGGUUACAGGAAUCUUUUGAAAUUGAAGCUAAUAAAGCAAAUGAAAUUGAAUUUACUGUUUAUGAUAAAUAUGGGAAUUCAUCUAUUCCUGUUGCUGUUCUUUAUAUACAAAUAUCAGAUAUCAAUGAGGAAUUGCGUCAGAAUCGCCUUAAAGAGGCUUCGGGGCCUGACUGGGUUAGUGCUGAAAAUAUGCAAAAUGAUUUUGGUGAAAUUAAAUCUAGAGAAAAUAUAUUUGAUAUAGCAAAUUCUAAUUCUUUCUUACUAACGUCUGAGAAACAACCCUAUACUAUGAAGAAAGAUGGAACAGAAAAUAAAAGUAUUGACGCAUGGUUUGCACUUGAGCCUGCAGGGAAAAUACAUCUAAGCCUCAAUUUUGUAAAGAAUCUUAAAAAAAUACGCACUAUUGAUAGGGUAGGUCUUGGAAGACAAGGUGCUAUUCGUGAAAAAAAGAAAGAACUUUAUGAAAUGAAUGGCCAUAAAUUUUCUCAACAUCAGUUUUAUCGAAUUAUAAAGUGUGCACUUUGUAGUGAAUUUUUAAAAGAUGCUGCAGGAUUUCGAUGUAUAGAAUGUAGAUAUACUUGCCAUAAAAAAUGUUAUCUUAAAGUUGUUUCGAAAUGUAUUUCGAAACCUAGUUAUGUUGAUGACUCCGAUGAAAAAAAACUUAAUCAUCAUAUUCCUCAUAGAUUUGAAUCAAUUGUAAAUAUAGGUGCAAACUGGUGUUGCCAUUGUGGUUAUAUUCUUCCUCUUGGGAAAAGGAAUGCACAGAAAUGUACAGAAUGUAACAUAUUAUGUCAUUUUCAAUGCCGACAUCUUAUUCCUAACUUAUGUGGCAUGUCAAUGGAAGUAGCUAAUAAAAUUUUGAAUGAAAUUAAAAUUACAAAAAUGAAACAAGCGAAUACUUUUGUUGCCAUUGAUAAGAAGGAUGAUAAUUUUCGUAAAUUUCAUGCAGAAACUACUGAUAAUUUAUUAUCUAUAAAUGAAUCUUACCUGAAUGAUAAUCAAUCUAAAACUCAAUUAUUAUCGCAAAAUCUAUCUCAAUUCUUAGUUAAAUCUUUUCAAAAUGAUGAAGAAUUUAAAUUUGAAAAUGAACAAAUUUCUCUUGAUAAAAUAUCUUCACAGAAGAAUCUUCUCGAUAUAAUCGAUACCCGUGAAACACAUAAGUCUCAACUAUCCCUUUCUUCGUCUAUAGAUUUUCAAAAGGGGAUUCUAUCAUCUGAUUUAGAUUUAAGUUUUGACUCAUUGUACCAAAAGAAUCAUCAACAUAAGGAUCAAAUAUAUAAACAAGAGAAUUAUGGAAAGUUGGAUAAAUCUACUGCAUCUGAACAAGAAAGACAUACGGAUAUAGUACAUAAGACUAGUGAUAAAUAUUCGAGUGAUUAUGAUAGAUAUUCGAAUGAUUAUGAUCAAUAUUCUGAAGGUAUUUAUGGAAAACAGAAUAAAUAUAAUUAUUCACCGGAUUCAUCUAUUAAAAAUUAUCAAUUUUUUAAUGAUACUCAUAUUGACAAGUCAACUUCUUGUCAGGCUUCUAGAACAAGGAUUUCUUCGUUUAGUAAGAAAAAGGUUGGAUUGGAUGAUUUCAAUUUUUUGUCAGUGUUAGGUAAAGGGAAUUUUGGUAAGGUUAUGCUUGCAGAAGCUAAAUCUACAAAACAAUUGUAUGCAAUCAAGAUUUUAAAAAAAGAAUCUAUUAUAGAAAAUGAAGAAAUAGGAAGUACGAUAUCAGAAAAAAGGAUUUUCCUUACUGCCAAUAAAGGAAGGCAUCCUUUCCUUAUUAAUUUGCAUUCAUGCUUCCAAACGGAAACAAGGAUUUAUUUUGUAAUGGAAUAUGUAAGUGGUGGAGAUUUGUUGUUGCAUAUUCAACGAGAACAAUUUGGUCAGACUAGGGCUUUAUUCUAUGCUGCUGAAGUUUUAUUGGUUUUAAAGCAUCUCCAUGAAAAUGGUAUCAUUUAUCGAGAUUUAAAAUUAGAUAACAUUUUAUUAUGUCUUGAUGGACAUAUUAAAGUAACGGAUUAUGGCCUUUGUAAAGAAGAUAUGUGGUAUGGUUCUACUACAACUACUUUUUGUGGUACUCCUGAGUUUAUGGCACCUGAAAUUUUGUUUGAGCAACGUUAUGGGCGUGCUGUUGAUUGGUGGGCAUUUGGAGUUUUAAUUUAUCAGAUGCUUUUAGGACAAUCUCCUUUCCGUGGUGAAGAUGAGGAUGAAAUUUUUGAUUCUAUUCAAUCUGAUGAACCUCUUUAUCCUAUUCAUAUGCCUCGGGAUUCUGUUUCUAUUCUACAAAGACUUCUUAUUAAAGAACCAGAACAACGUCUUGGAUCUGGUCCAGGCGAUGCUUUAGAAGUCAUGGCCCAUCCUUUUUUUCGGAAUAUCAAUUGGGAUGAUAUUUAUCAUAAACGAGUUCAUCCUCCUUAUUUUCCUAAAAUUACUAACCCAAUGGAUACGAGCAAUUUUGAUACCGAAUUUACACAUGAACCACCUGUAUUAACUCCAACUCAAUCUAAGUUAACUCAAGCUAUGCAAGAACAGUUUCGAGGUUUUUCUAUUUAUUGUGGUGAUCCAUAA